AUGCUCACCACACUAGUGGCCAAGGAGGAAGAGGAGGAAUGGGAAUGGACUGCCGUGGGCCAGGAGUUGAACUCAGGUGGACAGGUCCCUGUUCCCCCGUUACUGCGAGACAAGAAGGCUCACCUGAUCGAGUCGCUAACCUUUCUCAAGAGAUGCCGCGAUAACAAGGACCGAGACCAACUUGACGAGGCUCUCUCUGUUGUGGGUUGUUUUCAUCGCAAAAGGCUGCGAAGAUAUUCUGCAUCGCUCAGUGCACGCUUCCCGGGGGCCCUCCCGACGUCGCACCCGGAGCCGCCCUUCUGCCCGCGAUGCCCUCGCCACGUCCGCGUGGGCACCGACUCCCGAGUGCCCUACCGGGAAUUCUGCCGCUCGUUCGGCUACCCGGUGGCGCUUGCCCGCUCGGCGCCGUGGCCGGGCGACGACGCGGCGCUGCUCGGCUUCUACGAGCUCCGGGGCACGGGCGGCUCGCUGGUGCAGCGGGGCCACGCGACGGGCUGCGCGGCGCGUGGCUACCACCCCGAGACGCUGCUGUUCGACGCCGAGGGUCACCUCGACAGCGUCCUCCUGACGCUCGGCCUCGGCCACGGCGCCGUCACCCGCGUCGCGCUCUUCUCCAGCCACGCGCCGUGCGGGCACGAGGCCCUCGGCUGCGUGUCGCGGAUCCUCGGCUUCCUGGAGGCCCACCCCGGCGUGCGGCUCGAGGUGUACUUCGCGCAGUUCGAGAGCGGAUUCGCGGAGGCGGUCCGGGGCUACCACAGGCCGCCGUACGGCCAACGCGACGGCACCGACGAGGGCGGCUCCCUGCGAGAUCUCGUCGGUCUGAGGCCCCGGGUCACCGUCGCCCCCAUCAGCGGCGGAAUGUGGGGCAAGAUUCUGCGCGACUUCGUGAGCAACGUGCCCCCGCUUGCACUGAUGAACCCCGUGAAUCACUUGCGGGCGAGAGAGGACAGUGAGAAUGCCGCUCGUCUGGCGGGAACCACUGGGGUUUGGCCCCCGUACGUUGACCUAGCACCGGUCCCUUCCAGACAAUACAGAGACCUCGUCUUCGGAGAUUUUGGCCACCAGUUCGAUGACCAACGUGAUCACGACGAACUAACAAAUGCGAGGUCAGAUCAUUAUUUGAGCGAAAAGCGCACGACGGUCAAAAGGCCACGGCGAUUCAAUCCGGACACUCUUCAGUCACCACCGAUGAUGGUCCUUCCACCAAUCUUCAUGCCACUUGAGCAUUCUCCUCCUCCCCCUCCUCCUCCCCCUCCUCCUCCUUCCCAUCCUCUUCCUCCGCCACCAGCCCACUCCUGGGGCUAUUCCCAACCCUGGACACCUCAUUGGUCACAGUCCUGGACCCAGCCCUGGACUCCCCAGCCCUGGACUCCUCAGCCCUGGACUCCUCAGCCCUGGACUCAGGCCUGGGCACAGGCCUGGGCCCAACCUUGGACCCAACCUUUGACCCCGGCCCAGACGUAUCCCUGGCCACAGGCAUGGACUCCGGCUUGGAGGCAGCCGGAGCCACAAGUGGUCCGGCACAUGACGCUGCCGGACUUGCCGCCACCACCGAAGCAGAAGGAGAAGACGAUUCAGGAGAUGCUGCCACCAAACGGGAUCAUCAAGGACUUCACCAUCACGCAGGAGAAACCGGUCAAGCAGAGAGCCGACACGACCGGCAAAAGCGACAAGGGAAAGAAGUCGACGAAGAAAAAGUGAACAGGCUCGUGUGCUCUAAGAUUCUCCGAUGAGAUGAAUAUUCAGCACCUGAAGAAGUUCCCAGCGCAUGCGGCGAAACGUCGGACAUCGUGCCGAAAAAGACACGUGGCACAAACCGAAUACACAUUGUAGCACGCACAAGGUUCGCGCAUCACCAAUGAAACAUUACUUUACAGGUGCUUAUCAAGUACUGACUGGCACGUUGUGAAUUCGUAUAGGGUACAUACACUGUACUCGUAGAGCCAUUUUAUCAAUCCACUGCUGGAUGAGGGCCACUCCACACCAUGAGAGUCGCGGGCACUAUUUGCCCACGUUGUCACCGGAAACAUUUCUGAGCUGUGCAAUGUGGCUGGCAUCACAUCAGAUGUGGCAGGCAUCAGAGGGCAGCGCAGCAAACCCCUUUGUUGCAUUGCACUCCUCUACAUUCUCCAGUCUCGUGCGUCCCACCCUUCACCAGUCCACCCACGGCCGAGCAGCGUGGUGAAGUAUGGUCAAAUAACCCCCGUGACUUUGGCAGCUUGGGGAGGCACUCAUCCAGCCUUGGAGGGACAGAGCUGGACACGCGCACGUACCGCUAUGCACUGCAACGUGCCGUAUCACUCGACGAAUUCAUCAACGCGGUGCUCGGUGCUCGAAACCGGGGAUGACCUAAAGCGAGCUUGACGUGCCGUUGUUCCGCGGUUUCUCUUAUCAGUGGUUAAGAAGAAAAAACUUCAACCACUUCAUGCACUUUAUAUCCACUCGAAAUAUGAGCUGUACGAAAUUUGUAAACGCGCGCCGUGCCCUGUACUCCCAUCUAUUUAUUUAAAUGACCCAAAUGGCUAAGAGGCGGCCGGUCGGUCGGUCCCGUCAGUGAUACAUUUGACGAGGCUCUUGCCAUGAUGGAGCUUCUUGUGCAAUGCACACGAGCCGCUUGCAUUGGCCGAUUCCGACACACGUCCUUUGUGCUAAUCGUACAGCGAGACCGAUUAUUGUUUUCAUCAUUAUUAUUAUUACAUUGCUAUAAUGUGCAUAGAGUGUCAAUAAAUGACGCAGCGGGUGA